GCAGGAGCAGCAGCAGCAGCGCAGGCAGGCAGCAGUAGCAGUAAUUUGGAAAUAGAAAUACAGUGUCCGCAGGCUGCGUUUUUAAUCAAUUAAAAAUCGGGCGAGUUAAAAAAAUGCAGCCUCUGGCUGCCAACAGCAGCCGUCGCUUCACUGCUGUUGUUACUGGAUGUGGUUGUGUUAUUACUAGAGCAGUGGAUAUGGACGUGGGUGGUAUCCAGUGUCAAGCGAGCAAAUUUUAAACGCAAGCGCAAACAAGCAUAAACGAAGUGGCAAAAAUAGCAGCAAUCGCAACACGGCAAGCAGCGAGCAGCAAAAAGGAAAACCACUAGCAAAGCGAGCACAAGCAACAAACAACAAAACAGCAAAACCAGUGCAUCAAGCGCAAGCAAAGCAAAAGGCAGCAAAAACAAAGUUCAGGGUCAUGGUCGGGCAGCUUUCGAGUGGCAGUGUUUAAUCGAGUUGAAGCCAAACAGAAGCUGCCUGCUACACAAACCAAGCAAACAAACAAACACGAACGACAAACAUGUCGAGCGAAUCGUCAACAGAGAGCGACAGCGAACUCUACGAUCCGCUCGCGGAUGAGCUGCACAAUGUGCAGCUGGUGAAGCAUGUGACGCGCGAGAACAUCGAUGCGCUCAAUGCCAAGUUUGCCAACCUGCAGGAGCCGCCAGCCAUGUACUUAACAGAAUACCAAGAGCUGACCUCUAAGCUGCAUGUGCUGGAGGCCAAGGAGCAUGAGCUAAUGGAUCAAUUGAAUGCACUGCAGCAGGACGAUGAGAGUCAGAGCGAUGUCCAGCAUCUAAAUCAAAUGGCUGCCGUGAUGGAUCAUGUGGAUCAUCAGCCGCAUUAUCAGAAUCAAACGCAAAUCUAUCAGGAGCAGCUGAUCAACAACUCCAACUACAUGUCAUUUGUGCCCAAUUCGGGGUCAGGAACCGGCUCUGGGACCGCCAGUCAAUGCGGCACAUUGACGCGACAACCGAAGGUGCUGUUGCGCGCCCAUUUGCCCAAUCAACAGCGCACAUCCGUUGAGGUGGUGGCCGGCACACGUCUCUGCGAUGCGCUGCAGAAGGCCCUCAAGCUGCGACAGCUGGAGCCAUCGAUGUGCGAGGUGAGCACAACGCCGCAUAGCGGACGACAGCAUAUCAUACCGUGGAACACGGACAUUGGCACACUGCACGUGGAGGAGAUCUAUGUGCGGCUGCUCGACAAGUUCCCAUUGGGGCCACACAUCAAGCAUCAGUUCAUACGCAAAACCUUCUUCUCGCUCGUCUUCUGCGAGGGCUGCCGUCGCCUGCUCUUCACCGGCUUCUAUUGCAGCCAGUGCAACUUUCGCUUCCAUCAGCGCUGCGUUGGCUGGGUGCCUCUCCUCUGCCAGCCCUUCUCCGUCGACAGCUACUACGAGCGACUCUUGUCCGCCUGCCCGGACAAUGCUCUCGGCAUGCCAGUGGCUGGGCGUGGCAAUGCGGUGCGCUUCAAUGUGGGCGGCAGUCGAAGAUGCAGCAGCAGCGGCAGCAGCAGCAUCACAACCACAAACACGGCCUCAAACAUCAACAGCAGCAGCAGCGCAAAGGCAUCGGCCAACCGACAAGGACGACCGCCGCGCAUUAGCCAGGAUGAUCGAUCCAAUUCGGCGCCCAAUGUCUGCAUCAAUAGCAUACGGCCGAUUACCACGGAGUCGCAGCGCAGUCUCAUGCAGGCGAGGCCCCCAUUGCCACAUCCCUGCACUGAUCACUCCAAUUCGACGCAAUCCUCGCCAACUAGCACCAUGAAGCACAAUCGGCCUCGCGCUCGCUCAGCGGACGAGAGCAACAAGAAUCUGUUGUCGCGCGAUGCCAAAAACUCCGAGGAGAACUGGAAUAUUCAAGCUGAGGAGAUUUUGAUUGGGCCACUGAUUGGAUCCGGUUCCUUUGGCACCGUUUAUCGCGCCCAUUGGCACGGCUCGGUGGCGGUGAAGACGCUCAAGGUGAAGACACCAAGUCCGGCACAGCUGCAGGCGUUCAAGAACGAAGUGGCCAUGCUGAAGAAGACGCGCCACUGCAACAUUCUGCUCUUCAUGGGAUGCGUGUCGAAGCCAUCGCUGGCCAUUGUGACGCAAUGGUGCGAGGGCAGCAGCCUCUACAAGCAUGUCCAUGUCAGCGAGACAAAGUUCUCGCUCAACACACUCAUCGAUAUUGGACGGCAGGUGGCCCAAGGCAUGGAUUAUCUGCAUGCCAAGAAUAUAAUCCACAGGGAUCUCAAGACAAACAACAUUUUUCUGCACGAGGAUCUGUCGGUGAAGAUCGGUGACUUCGGUCUGGCCACAGCCAAGACGCGCUGGUCGGGUGAGAAGCAGGCGAAUCAGCCAACUGGCAGCAUUCUGUGGAUGGCACCGGAGGUGAUACGCAUGCAGGAGCUUAAUCCCUACUCGUUCCAAUCGGAUGUCUAUGCGUUCGGCAUUGUGAUGUACGAACUGUUGGCCGAGUGUCUGCCAUAUCGCAACAUUAGCAACAAGGAUCAAAUACUGUUUAUGGUCGGACGCGGAUUGUUGCGCCCGGACAUGAGCCAGGUGCGCUCGGAUGCGCCACAGGCGCUCAAACGUCUCGCCGAGGAUUGCAUCAAAUACAAUCCCAAGGAGCGUCCCCUAUUCCGGCCGCUGUUGAACAUGCUGGAGAAUAUGCUGCGCACGCUACCCAAGAUUCAUCGUAGCGCCAGCGAGCCAAACUUAACCCAAUCGCAGCUGCAAAACGACGACUUCCUUUACAUGUGUCCCAGUCCCAAGACGCCGGUUAACUACAACAACUUUCAAUUCUACAACAGUGCCGGCAAUAUCUAAAAGAUGCCUGGAUCGACCUGGAUAAGUAGAGAAGUGAGAACUAAGAGGAUGUGGUGAAGGUGAAGGAGAAGAAGGAGGAGGCUGUACCUGUACUUACUACCCCAUUGGAUAGAGGGAGAAGCGUCUUUGGCUUCUCCAACUUGUUGUUUUUAUUUUAUUUGAUUUUUUUUUUAUGUAAACAAGUUGAAGCGAGAGCGCGCGAUGAGCAGCGGCGAAUCAGAGCGAGAUGCUUACACAAAGCAUGUGCAUAGAAUGCUGUCUCUUUCUUUCGUUCGCUUUCUGCUCCUUGACUGUUGCCUGCAUUGUGACCUCAGCCUGGAGAAACUUCAGUGUGCAUUUCUGUUAUCAUCGUCAUCAUCGACUACCAACUACAAACAAUUGCAACAACUAUUACUGUAAACUACAUAAAUACUAAUUACAAAAAUAACGCGCAUAUGUACAAACAUUUAAAUAUAUACACACAUACACAGACACACACACACACACACUUACACGCAUACACAUACGUUAGGCAUCUACUAAACUAGCUGAUCGAGAAAUUACAUUAUAAAACAAAACAAAAAUA